AUGGCAUUAAGAAACUACUUAUAUGCUAAACAUGCUGGCGAUGCAUACACUGCUACUUUAAUUAACAAGUCAACUUCAGCAGAGUCUUCAGCAACUCCAAUAACAAAGUUUCCUCGUAAGCAUCAUCCCCGCAUUCACAAUCAUAAACACAAGGCUAUAAUCAAGAAUACCCUGGUGAAUAGUGCUGGCAAACCAGAUGCUGAAGCUUGCGGUAGUGGGAGAGAGGUUGUAAUGGAAGAUGGUUCUAAAAAAUGUAAUAACUGCGUGGAUUGCCCCAAGAAGGUUGGUUCACCAGAGGAUCAAAUCACCAGUGAAGAUAAUUCUGUGCCCAAAGUUGGAGUAGAGGUUUCUUUAAGUGCUGAAGAAAGUACUCCUUCUAUUGGCGAUGUUCAGACAAAUGUUCAGCAUCUAUAUUUGAAUGAUGACGUUGCAAAUGAAACGCUGCCUAAAGAAAUUGAUUUUACCAAUGUCUUAUGA